AUGUUGGUAGUGGACGUCAUGGUGGUCGGCGGCAAAGAGCGGGACAGGGACGAUUCCUCCCCCAAAGACGAAGACUACGUUCCAUGUUUUGGACGACAUACCGUGAAGAUUUCUGUUGCUCUAAUCCGAGCUCGAUGUCCUAUGACUGGAAUCAGUAACGUCAACUACGACAAAACGUCAGGAACUAAAAAGAUGGCCGAGAUAGGAAAAGAAUAUCUCAUCGUUGGCAAGAAUGAUAUUCACUUCACUCUUACUGCAUUCAAUAGAGAAACUGCUGAACACGACUAUCACUAUAGCUGGAGUCAUCAUUACCUCUACGAGUCAUUAGAAUGUCCAUUUCAUGCGGAAUUCUUGAUAGAGCGGCAACUACACAUUGUUAUAUCGGAAGGUGAUAACUAG